GAGGAGUCGGAGUAUUGGAAGGCUUCAGAUUCCGCCGUGGCUUUAUCUCUGGAGUUGCCUGGGUUGAAGACUCGCAAGGGCAAGGAAUGGGUUCGAGACUUAGGUUGCUACUUUGUGAAGCAAUUACGGAGGAAUGCAGUGGAAGUGUCAGAAAAGCGACUGACAGAAGCUGAGAGAGAGGCGUUCAAAGGAGCGAAGCAGAAAGAAGUGAAGAACUUCGUGGUGGCCAAAGCUUUUCAAAAACUCCCUGAACACCUGAAGCCAAGCAAGGAACAGGUGUUGAAGAUGAGGUGGUUGUUGACAUGGAAGGUGGACGAGGAUCAUAAAGAUGGUGAGCCUCACGGAAGCGAAAUGCUUCUCACCAAGGCUGCAUACGGCUUAGUGGAGGCGCCCAUACAGUGGUACCUGACAGUGGCUCGGUUUCUCGAGUCCAUUGGAGGUGAGCGCCAGUUCUCCGAUCCCACGUGCUGGGGUUUCUUCCGCGCAGACAGGACACCUAUUGGAUGGGUGUGUGGUCACGUGGAUGAUUUUCUCUUCGGAGGCAAUUCCCAGGACCCGGCAUGGCAGAAGAUUCGGAGACUUAUUCAAGAAAGAUUUAAAUGGGGCCAAUGGGAGAGCGGAAAGUUCACUCAGUGUGGCGUUGUGAUUGAGCAGGAUUCCGAAGGGUUUUCUUUGAGUCAGCCAGAUUACCUUGAGGCCGUGAGUGAGAUUCAUGUCGCACCACAGUGGUGCGCUCCCGUCAGUCUUCUUUUGUCAAAGAUUCACACAGGGGUUGUGAAUGAUAUCCUGGAGACAAACAAGCUACUCCGGAAAGCAAAGUUGGGCCAGCAUCAGAAGAUGCGAAUCCAUGGGCAAGGUCAUGAGCUUCCUCUUCUGGCAGCCUGGGUGGACGCAGCAGAUGGUCAUCGACCAGAUGGUGGCUCUACGAAGGGGAUCGUGAUCGGGUGGGCUCCUCGUCGUCUUCUCGAUGGAGCCUUGGUUCGCAUCAGCCCACUGUUUUGGCAGUCGGCCAAGAUCCAACGGACAUGCAGAAGCAGUGGCGCCGCCGAGACGCAUGCAGCAGUAGAUGCGGAUGAUGAGCUAUAUGCGGUGAGGUUUCAGGUGUUUGAGUUUCAAGGGGGUCAGGUGCCUUUGUGGUCGUGCGAUGAUGCGGUGGAAACCAUUGAAGGCGUGCUGAUAAGUGACAGCAGAAACCUGUAUGAUCGAAUGCAACAAACGGUGUUGACCUUGAAAGGUGCGUUGGGUCAAUGGGGAUAG